AUGUCAACACCUGCUCAGAGUUACACAAAUCCCUCGAUAUCGAGCGGAAGGCGGCGGAUUGGUCCGAAACAACGAAUUAGUCACACCAAAUCGAGAAAGGGCUGCUACACCUGCAAACAUCGUCGAGUGAAGUGCGAUGAAGGGCGGCCGAAGUGCGGUGCCUGCGCCAUCCGAAACGAUGAAUGCGUCUUCCCAAAUCUCCCGGUCACACGUGACCAGCCUCAGAGACGGACUGGUCUUGAACGAGACGAACGAGCCGUUGAGGUAAACCAAAAUGGGGCGCAAAGGGAUGCUCAGAGUGUCUCUUUUUGGCACUCUCAGUUCAACUUGAGUCUGGGUGACUCUUCUUCCGGCAUUGCUGCUCAACGACAGGGUCUUAACAUGCAUGAUUUGAUACUGUUGCAACACUAUUUCCUGCAUACCUCGAAACGAAUGAGUUUACAGCCCAGCAAAACCUUGAUUUGGGAACGGGUAAUCCCAGAAAUGGCAGCUAGCAACGAGUUCUUGAUGCAUCUCGUGCUUGCCUUGGCUGGCUUGGAACUUUUAACAGCUGAGAAUCCUGAUGAGAUAAGAGCCAAAGAGCCUUUCGGAUACUUUCCCAAACCUAAUGGGACGCCUGGAGAGGAUAUAACCCUCUAUUCAUCUAGACUCCAUAUCGUGCUUGAGCAUCAUCAACAAGGCUUGAAAGGAUUGCAAGAGGAGCUAAGUUCUAGUGAUUCGAAUGCAGAAGUUCUGGUAGCUGGGGCCAUGUUGAUCGUAGGCUUCGCAUUCGCAUCUCUUCGAGUGAGGGACCUAGACUCUUUCUUUCAAUCGAGCCAUGCCUCCCCAGCUACAGAGAAUACAUCACCUGGCAUUGCAGGUGGUCUUGAAGCCCCUCAAGUACAAUGGUUGCGUCUGGUACGCGGUCUGACCGCGAUAAUGGAUCAAAAUUGGCAUUCUUUACGAAGAAGCCGGAUCAGGUCACUGCUCAUUUUCAACAAUGCCAAUGAUGAUUGGAAGAUUUUUGAAUCAGAGCUGCGCUCCACUACCCCCCUUGGCGAUAUACGAUCGAAAAGAGUUUCAACUUUUGCGAUGGGUGCUUUUCAAGCUAUUUCCGACCUACGGGAGUUCUACGCUGUUCUGAAGGGAAAGCACCACACUGGGACUAGCCUACAAGCCAGUUCGACACCAAUCGCAUCUCCAAGCUCACCUCACUUAAUAAAUCAAAGUGCCGACCACCUUCUGGAGUCGUGUGAUGAGGCAAUAAAUGUGACUGAUACUAUCUACAUGCGUAUUCUGCAUGUUUUGCAGAUGGGGAAGAUUGAGUCACAGCCGUCAUCGAGUCUAGAGCUUCAAACUGAGAUUGAAGAUGCAGCUGUUUCAUCAUGGGCUCGUCUUCUUCCUGACGCCUUUGUCUCUUCUUUGGAUGUGAACGGGAGUUUGACAAAAUUGCAGGGGCUCUGUAUGGCCAUUCUUGCUCAUCUGUAUUUGACGAUCGCCAUUCUCGAAGAUAUUUGGUAUUUUGGCAGGAGCUGCGACUUUGAGAUACAAAAAAUCAACGCGUUGGUGGCUGAACUGGGGAACGAUAAGCUUACUGCGUUGCUGGUGUGGCCAAUGAAGGUGAUCGAACAUUGA